UAUUCCUAAACACUUUUCCUAAACAUAAAAAGCCUUAUUUCCAACAAAUUGGUAUCAGAGCUUCAAGAUCCUCAAAAGAUGGCGAAUGGAGGUUUUCCUUUCCAAAUGCCGAUGCUCACAAAGAACAACUAUGAUAAUUGGAGUAUCAAGAUGAAGGCGCUACUAGGAGCUCAAGAUGUGUGGGAUAUCGUAGAGAAUGGCUUCGAGGAGCAAGAUGAAGCCUCGCUAAGCCAAGGUGUAAAGGAGACGUUGAAGGAGUCAAGAAAGAGAGACAAGAAAGCUCUCUUUCUCAUUUAUCAAUCGGUGGAUGAAGAUACAUUUGAGAAGAUAUCCAACGCAACGACGGCCAAAGAAGCAUGGGAUAAGCUUCAAACUUGCAACAAAGGAGUUGAGCAGGUAAAAAAGAUUCGUCUUCAAACUCUUAGAGGUGACUUUGAGCGUUUCUUUAUGGAGGAGUCUGAGUCAAUUUUAGAUUAUUUUUCUCGAGCAUUGGCCGUAGUCAAUCAACUUAAAAGAAAUGGUGAAGAUGUUGAUGAGGUGAAGGUCAUGGAAAAAAUACUUCGAACUUUAAAUCCAAGUUUUGACUUCAUUGUUACCAACAUUGAAGAAAAGAAGGAUUUAAAGACCAUGACUAUUGAGCAACUCAUGGGUUCCUUACAAGCAUAG